UUGAAUUUUAAGAAAGAUGGCAUCUCUCAAACUCAAAGAAGUGGUUACGAAUUAUCAAGUUUUAAUGCAAGAGUGGAACAAAAAACCUCAGAAUCUUGAUAAGUGUGGCCAGCUAUUGUCAAAACUGAAGGUUGCUUUGACAAACUUGACAUUUUUGCCCACAUCAGAUGCUUCAGCAACAAAACAAGAGCUUCUGGUGGCACGAGAUAUUUUAGAAAUUGGAGCUCAGUGGAGCAUUGCUACUAAAGACAUACCCUCAUUUGAGCGUUACUUAGCUCAAUUAAAAUGCUAUUACUUGGAUUACCAGGGUGAUUUACCAGAAUCGGCUUUCAAGUAUCAGUUACUCGGUUUAAACUUGUUGUGUCUUUUGGCUCAGAACAGAGUGGCAGAAUUCCACACAGAGUUAGAACUGCUACCUCCAAAAGAGAUUCAGAACAAUAUCUAUAUCAGACAUCCAGUUUCAAUGGAGCAAUACUUGAUGGAAGGAAGUUACAAUAAAGUAUUCCUUUCCAGAGGUAAUGUACCAGCUGAGAGUUAUAAUUUUUUCAUUGACAUUCUCCUAAACACUGUCCGAGAUGAGAUUGCAGCAUGUAUAGAAAAGGCUUAUGAGAAAAUAUCUUUUAAUGAAGCUGCACGUAUGCUGUUUUUUCAAACACCUAAACAACUUAUGGAUUACACAAAAAAGAGGAAAUGGACUGUGAGAACAGGAAACUUGUUAGUAUUCAGCACUGAAAUUAAACAUGUAGAUGAUAAUGUUCCUGCAUCAGAUUUAGCAACACAAGCCAUAGAAUAUGCCAGAGAAUUAGAAAUGAUUGUCUGAGGUUAUAACUGAUCCUGAUAAACUUCAAAUUAAUUGGUUACUAUUUUUUAUUUAAAAUGUUAAUAGAAAAUUAGGAAUUGUACUCUUGCUGAAUGUAAAAUGCAUAAUCAGCCACAAAUAGAAACCAUAUUCAUUCCCAUUAUCUUGUUUAUUUUGAAAGUUCUGAUAAAAUAAAUACAGUGGCAAAGAUUAUA